AUGGCGUCCGAAAACGAGCCGCUCAAGAUGAACAAGACACAAAGUGUCCAUCCAUUUCCCGAUAAUUAUAUCUACGUACCGCCACGCCCACGGCCUCAGCCUCGCUCGGUGCUUCGCCGUUUCUGCACUAUAGCCCUCGCCUCAACCCUCAUAUGGACUCUCAUAGCGCCUUUGGGAUCCAUCUUGUCCGGUAACUGGUAUAUCUCGGGGCGGGAUGGACAGGAUGGACAAACCUGGCCUGGACGCAACCAGGUCGACCAGGACGAGUUGAGGCAAAUCCUUCGCGACGUUCCCAGUAGCGAAAGCGCCAUGCAAUGGAGCCGCUAUUACACCUCAGGACCUCACCUCGCCGGUAAAAACUAUUCGCAGGCUCUGUCGACCAAACAAAAGUGGGAAGAGUGGGGCAUCAAGUCUGAGAUCAACGAGUAUGUUGUCUACAUCAACUACCCUCUCGACCACAGACUCGCCCUUUUGAAGGGAAAGGAGAAGAAGGAACAGGAUGGAGAAAAGGAAUACGAAGUGACGUACGAAGCCUCGCUGGUUGAGGAUGUUAUCGAGGAGGAUCCCACUAGUGGGCUUGCCAACAGUGUGCCAACCUUUCACGGAUACUCUGCUUCGGGAAACGUCACUGCACCAGUCGUCUAUGUCAACUACGGCACAUACCAAGAUUUCGAGGACCUUCUUGCUGCCAACAUCACACUCAAGGGAAAGAUUGCCAUUGCCCGUUAUGGUGGAAUUUUCAGAGGGCUCAAGGUCAAGCGUGCCCAGGAGCUCGGAAUGAUUGGCGUUAUUUUGUACAGCGAUCCUGGGGAUGAUGGAGAAGUCACCGACGAAAAAGGGGUUCCUACAUACCCUGAAGGACCGGCACGCCAACCCAGCAGUGUUCAACGAGGCAGCACCCAGUUUCUCAGUGUCGCCCCGGGUGAUCCAACUACGCCUGGGUAUCCGUCAAAGCCAGAGGCUCCUCGCAGACCGGUCGAAACAGCCAUCCCCAGCAUUCCGUCCCUCCCGAUCUCUUACGCCGAUGCCCUUCCCAUUCUCAAGGCCCUCAACGGUCAUGGCCCGAAAGCGAAGGACUUCAACCAGUGGUGGACACGUAACACCGGCCUAGGGUACAAGGGCGUGGAGUACAACAUCGGACCUACUCCAGAUGACGUCGUUGUAAACCUCUACAACGAGCAAGAAUACGUGUACACCCCGAUCUGGAAUGUCAUUGGUGUGAUUAAUGGUACCAUUCCCGAUGAGGUUGUUGUUGUUGGAAAUCAUCGUGAUGCUUGGGUUGCAGGAGGCGCCGGCGAUCCGAACAGUGGAUCGGCAGUCUUGAACGAGGCCAUGCGUGCUUUUGGAGAAGCACUCAAGCGUGGCUGGAAACCUCGCCGGACUGUUGUCUUUGCUAGCUGGGACGGUGAGGAGUAUGGUUUGGUUGGCUCAACGGAGUGGGUGGAGGAAUACCUCCCCUGGCUCAAGCACGCGAGUGUCGCCUAUGUGAACACCGAUGUCGGCGUGAGAGGCAAGCGCCUCGCCGUCGCGGCCUCUCCUAUCCUCAACAAGGUUAUCUAUACAGCCACUUCCCUUGUUGGAUCAGCCAACCAAACACGCCCCGGCCAGACCGUGUAUGAUCUCUGGGACAAGAAAAUCAAAACAAUGGGAAGUGGCAGCGACUUCACUGCCUUCCAAGACUUUGCUGGCAUUCCCUCCAUCGACAUUGGGUUCGACAAUGACCGCGACAGCCCUGUGUACCAUUAUCACUCCAACUACGACAGCUUCCACUGGAUGCAAAAGUUUGGGGAUCCUGACUUUCUUUACCACAGAACCAUGGCCCAGGUUCUUGGUAUUCUAGUAGCGGAAAUCGCCAACCUCCCUGUCAUCCCCUUUGGUGCUGAGGACUACGCCAAGGCUCUGGCCGAAUACGUCCACAAGGUCGAAGACAAGCUGGACGCCUACUUCAUCCCCCCAGCCGAAGUCCUUUCGGCAAGCGUAACCGACGAAGAAAUGUUUGAACUUCGCUCCUCCACCCGCAACAUUUCCUCCCCUGUUUCUGUUUCCACCACAUCCAAACACACCCCCAAAACCUUCCGCAAAUCCCUUACUCGCCUCCAUGAAGCCCUUCAAACCCUCACCUACCACGCCUACCAUCUUGAUCUCCUAGCCGAUGAGCUUCGACACAUCUCAGAAAACGACGAAAUCCCCUGGUGGGAUCUGCCUCGUAAGAUCCGCCAUCAUUGCGCGGUUCGCAAGGCCAACACCAAGUAUAAGUACCUCGAGCGUAGCUUCUUGUAUGAGGAAGGGCUGGACAACAGGCCGUGGUUCAAACACGUGGUGUUUGCUCCGGGAUUGUGGACGGGGUACUCCGGGGCGGUGUUCCCGGGUUUGAUGGAGAGUAUUGAUCAGGAGGAUUGGACGAAUGCGGAGAGGUGGGUUGAUAUUAUUGAGAGUAGGAUUUUGAAUGCUGCGAGGGGGAUUGAGGCGUAA